UAAAAGCCAUAGUGAUUUACAGAGAGAAAGGUGAUAUACAUUGAAUGUUUGAUCAAAUGUGUCUUCGAUCGAGCCUGAUUAUUAAUAAAGUAUUAACUCAUUAUUGAAGAAAGAUUUUCUUGAUUGAGCAAUAUCGAACGAAAAGAUGGAGAAAACAGAAGAGAACGAACAUAAUGUGUUGGGAGAAGUUUUAACUGAAGAAGAAUUAACGCAAGUUCCUGACGCACUUGCAAAAAAACUUAAUGCUUAUUUCAAUGAAAAAUUCGAACAGUACAUUACAGCAAAAGCAGUUUUUGAAACUAAUAGAAAAAAUUUUGACCAAACUUUAGAUAAACUACAAAAGGAUUUAACAGAAGAAAAAUCAGACUCUGAAGAAUAUAAGGGAAAACUUGAAUUGGCAGAAAAAUAUACUACUGAACUACAAACUAGUUUAGAUCAAACUAAAGGUGAAAUACAAAAGCUACAGGAGACUGUUAAAAGAUUAGAAAAAGAAAAUGGUGAUUUGCGUCGUCAUAGAGAUACAGUUGUGGAUGAAAGGGAUGCAUUGCAAUUACAAGUUGAAAGGCGAGAUAGAGAAAUUGAGAGAAUGCAUACUGAAUUAUCUUCUUUGGGCACUCAAUUGCGAAAUGCUAUUGCUGCAAAAUGUCAAGCUUUAGCAGAAACAGAAGAAAUUCGAAGUCUUGAUAUGACCCUUGAAUUCAAAGAAAAACGUUUAGAACAAGAAAGGACUCUUUUAUCACAGCAAAUGGCUAGUCUUGAAGAAGAAUUGGCAAAGAGAAUAUCAGAAUUACAGUCAACAAGAGCAGAAGCUUCUGCACGAGCGCUCUUAACGGAUACACGUUUGGCACAACGUGAUGAAGAAUUGCGUAUUGCAAAUGAAGCAACAGCACAGUUACGAGAAUUAUACACAUCUCUUCAACGACGCUGCGAUGAACUAUCUCAAAAAUUAGAAGAACAACGUACACACGAAAUUGCUAUGCAUGCCUCUUAUCGAGAAGAAAUUGGAGCUCAGACUAGAUUAGCAGAUCUUUAUAAAGGCAUGGCAGAUGAAGCAAAUGCAAAAGCUGAGGAGUUUAGUAAUGCAGUUAAAGAACUUCAGGAAUUAUUAGAACAUGCUACUGAACAGUAUGGAACGCUAGAGACAACACAUAAUCAACUUCAGUUACAACAUAAGCAAGAGUUAGUAGAAAAAGAACAGAAGAUAGAUGAGCUUUCAAGAGAAUUAAAUCAUGCAAAUGAGUUAUUGAAAAAUAUUAAACAAGAACGGUUAGAUCAAGCUGUUGAACAGCUUGCACCUACAGCAGCCAUAGCUAGUCGGGUGCUUAGAAAAGGCUUAAGCCUUACUCAAAUUUAUACGCAAUUAGUUGAUGUAACAAAUGAGUUGACUUCAGAACGAGAAGAAAAUGGACGUCUAAAAUCACAAAUGGACAUUAUUUUACGUGAAUUAGAAGAAAAGGCUCCUGUUUUACAACAACAACGUGAAGAUUAUGAAACUGCGAUGGCAAAUAUUGGUACAUUAACAUCAAGAUUAGAUGAACUUUUAGUAGAAAAUCAUAGACUACAAGAAACAUCUGAUGAAGCAAAUCGCAUUGCUAAGCACCAUACUAAAGAAAAUCAAAGGUUAAAAACAGAAGUAUCAGAUUUAGCUAGACAGGUGUGCUUCCUUUUAAAAGAAGUUCAAGAGAGUAGAAUUAGUGCAACUGUUGAUACAAGUGAAUUUUCAAUGGAUAUGGAUAAUCUUGCCUCAUCUGAAAUCAUUAGUAAAAAGCUUGUUACUUUCAAAGAUAUUGAAGAAUUACAAGAAAAUAAUCAGAAGUUAUUAUCAAUAGUUCGUACACUAUCAUCAAGACAAGAAGAAAUAGAAAGAGCAACAGAUGAAAUAAAUUCUGGCGAAAUGAAAGAAAAAUUAGAUAGGUACCUAGAACAAUUGGAAGACAUGCAAGCUGCUCAAGACAGACAAACCAAGAUGUUAGAAGGUCUUUUACGACAACGGGACAUGUAUAAAAAUAUGUAUCAGCAAUGUUUAAAGCAGACAAAUGUAACAGAAAAAAAGGAACUAUCUAUGACACAAGAAGAAGAAGAAGGGAGGGAAAUUAAUGGAGUAAAACCUGUUAAAGAUGAAGAUAUUGCUCAAGAUGAUGUUAAUAGAGAAAAAGAAUUGCAAAAACAAUUAACAGAAACCGAAACUAAAUUGAAACAGAUUACAGAUGAUUAUGAAACAUACAAAAAAGAGAGGGCAGCCCAUGAACGAAUGUUAGGAGAGGAAGUAGAAAGGCUUAGGAAAGAAGCAGAAGCUCAUUCAGACAGAUGUUGCAGAUUAAAAGCGCAGUUAGAUUCGGCUAAUGAUAGAUUUAAUCUUUUACAACCAAAUGUUGCUUCUUAUAAGUCUCAAAUAAAAGUUCUCGAAGAAAAAUGUUUAAAUUACAAUGUGACAAUUGGUAAACAUGAGCAAAGCUUAAUGAUUUUAAAAGAUGAAGCUUUGGCAGCUCAAACGCGACUAUCUCGUGCUGAAGUACAAUUAGAAAACUUACGUCGAUCUCUUUCAAUUUUAAGUGAUUCUGAAAGUCGCCUUAUGAAAGAACGUGAAACAUAUCAGAGAGAACGUCAAACGCAAGCUUUAUUGCGAGCAGACGUUGAAUCUAUUAAAGCAAGUUUGGAACGGGUUCAAGCUGAGGGUCAAUUACGUGCUGAACAGCGUCUAGAUGAUGCUACAAGAGAAUGCGCCGCUUUAAGACGUCGUUUACAGGAAGAACAAGAUCGAUUUAGAGAAUUGUCUGCACAUUUAGAAAGACAACUUACCACAGCUCAAGAAAGAUUAACCGAAGAACGUAAUGUAACUGAACAAAUUCGCAUAGAAUUGGAACAAGCUCGUCAGUCUGAUUCUCAAAAUGCACAACGUAUAGAAGAACUUAAUACGAAACUAAGACAAGCUGCUACUCAUUCAAUAUCUAAACCUUUCACUGGUGAUGAAUAUCCUGUAAAGAGAUUAAAAGAACUUGAAAUGCAACUUGCGACGAUACAAGCAGAAGCAAAAUCUUUAUCCGAACAACUAAAAAGUUCACGGCAGCAAAGCCAACAAUAUUGCGACAUUGCAGAAAGUGCAGAAGCUCAAUUAAGGGAGGUAACGGCGCAACAUAAUAAAUGUAAAGAAGAGUUAGAAACUGCUUUAAAAGAAGCGCGUGUAGAAAUAAUAUCCCUUCAAAAGAAAGUUCAAGAAUUAGUAGAAGAAUUAGCAAAAGUUUCUAAUGGUCAACAAGAAACUGAUUCAGAAUUAAGAGAAAAGUUAGCUGAUGCAGAGAGAAAACUUGAAGAAUUAGAUGAAGUUAAAGGAGAAUUAGAAAUUGUAAAAGGUGAUUUACAUAACGCUUCAGUAUCAGUUAAAGAAGCGGAAGAGAAGUAUGCUAGAGAAAUGGUAUUGCAUUCAACAGAUUUGCAGAUAUUAGCGAAAUUGAAAGAAGAUGCCCAAACAGUAGAACAAAAGAUAGCAAGCUUAACUCAAGAAAGAAAUGCAGCUACAGAAGCUUUAAAUCUUGAGAGAGAAGCUUGUCAAGAAAGAGAGAAAAGAUUACAUGAAGAAAUCCAAGAAAUGCAACAAAGAAUAUCAGAUCUGGAUGCACAAAAUGCUAUUUUGCACACUCAAAUUCAAGAGUUAAGUGACAAGACUGCAAUCAUGCAUAGCCAACAAUCAAAGAUAGCUGAACAGGGAAGUCCUGAUACUAGUUUGGAAGCAAUGAAUCGUAGCUUUAGUGGACUUGAAGAUGAUUCCAAAUCUGCUGAACAGUUAUUAAGAGUAAUGAAAUAUCUAAGACGUGAAAAAGAUUUAGCUGUAGCAAAAUUUGAUGUUCUAAGAGCAGAAAAUCUUAGAUUGAAAUCACAAGUGGAAGUUAUGGAAAAAAGAUUAAAGGAAACAGAAGCUGCCCUUAAUUCGGAAAGAGAAAAGUCUGAAAUUGAUGUAGUAACAACAUCUAAACACGCAGAGUUAUUGCGGAAAGUUGAAACUUUAAAUGCCAUCACAGAUUCCAAUAGAAUCCUAAGAGAGGAAAGAGAUAGUUUAAGUGCAAAAGUUUCAGAGCUCACCGCAAAAGUUGCAGCACUUUCUGAAGAAGUAGUACCACUUCGAGCUACAUCACGAGAUUUACAAGCGAAGACUGAAGCCUUAUUACAAGAAAAUACAAGUCUUAAAGGAGAAGCAACUAGAUGGAGACAAAGAGCUAAUACAUUAGUAGAAAGGGCGAACAAAACAAGUCCGGAAGAUUGGCGUAGGUUACAAACUGAAAGGGAAAAUCUUAGUAAACUGCUUACAUCUGAACGUGAAACACAUGCUAAACGCGCGGAAGAAUUAAAUCAGUUGAAAACAGAAAAAGGUGUAUUAGAAGAACAGCUAUCAAUACUCCAGAAACAAGUACAAACUCAGGGAGAAGAAAUUCAAAAAGCAUCUGAAGAAGCACGUAAAUUGGGUCAAGACUUAAAUGAAGCUCUUGCUGAGUCUUCUUUGAAAGCUAAGGAUUUAGUAACAUUAAGAAAAGAGCUUGGUGAUAAAGAAGUAGUCUUGAAUGACAUAAAGAAUAAAGAGAUUCAAAUAAGAAAAAUAGCGAAAAAAUACAAGACUCAGUUUGAAGAACUGGCGAAAACAGUAGAAGAAGAAAAGAGUAAAUCUGAAGAGUCUCGAAUGUCGGCUGGUACUUCUGGAAAUGAAGAUGUUGGUCGUGUAUCUCAAGAACGUGAAGAUCAAUUACGAGAAGAAGGCAGGCAAGAAUUGCGUCAAGCAAAUCUAGAAUUAACAUCAAAGCUUGAUGAAUUAUCUCGUCAAAUGAUAGUUGUACAAAAUGAAGCAGAAUCGUUGAAGAAAGAGAUCGAUACGAUGAACAGGACACGCGUUGAGAAAGAAGAACGUGUUAGACGAGCAUUAACGACGGCAAGAACUGAGCUCAUGCGGCUAAGAGAAUCAAAGAAAAUUUGCGAAAAGGAAUUAAUUGACUUAAAAGCUAAAGUCGAAGCUGGUGCUACCGAAUCAGAUACUGCUGAACAUGAUGCUAGACUUGCAGCACUUAAAUCUCAAAUGGAAAGUAGAAUCUCUCGUCUGGAACAUGAAAAGUCAGAAAUUCAGGCAGAAAAAGAAACUCUUGUACAAAGAGUAACUCAACUACAGCGACAAGUAGCUGGUGUUAGUGGAAUUAGUGCCACUACGGAACCACCAACGGCUAAUAUUAAACCUAUGUCUGCUCGCGCUGAAACUCCAUUAGCGAGUAUUCGACCUAUGAGUGUAGUAGUACAGUCUAGAACAGCUGCCGUUUUACCCACAACUGCAAGUGCACCAGUAAUGGUUGCGCCUCAUCAACAGCAACAGCCACAGCAACAGGUGGUGCAUACUACUGAAACGAGUUCACCAACUAGUAGUCUUCCAGAUUUUCAACCAGCUAGUACUAGUAGUAGUUCAUCACAGACAGCGCCAAAUACUUUACGACAACUCGUUGUUCAACCACAAUUAAGUGAAUCAGCAGAAUCAACACAGAGGGAAGACCCAGAAAGUGCAGAAACACUUAGUGUACAACAGCAGCAAUGUCAACAACAACAGCAGCAACAACAACAGCAGACUGUUGCAUUAGUUAGUCCAAGAGUGGAACAACAACAACAACAGCAACAAGCUGCUGUCAGUGAUCAACAGCAGACUGUGGCUAGCAGUUCUACUCAGUCAGUAAGCACAUCGCAAGCUUCGACAGGUCAUAAACGUCCUAGAGCUCUUGAUUCAACAGCAUCGGGGUCUGGAAUUGUUGAAGGUGUAGAUCACAGUAGGCAGGAGCAAGUGCUUAGUCCCAAAUCUAAACGGUCUAGACAAGAAAUGUCAUCUACUGCUAGUGCAAGCGCUUCAGAGGUCGAGUACCAGGUACCAACAUCAAGCCAACGAGAUCAAGAUGAGGAGGUAGAAGAAGGCUGUGUUGUUGUAGUAGAUUGCGACGAAGGUGAAGGAGGUGGUAAUCAUCAAACUCAGGAAGAAGAAGAAUUUGAUAAUGACCCAUAUGAAGAAAUGGAAGAAGAAGAGGAGAUACCUUAUGAAGUGGAAGUAGAAGUGGAAAGAGAUAAUAAUGAAGUUGAAAUUAUAAUGGGAGAAGAUUCUACAAGUGUAGAAGUUCCUAGACAAGCACAAGUAACAGUACCUACGAAUCAACAGCAACAACAGUCGGAAGCAAUUAGUAGUGCUGAACCAACAGGAGAACCACCUACAUCGUUCGGAACUCGAUCUUCACGUGGAAUUGCGCCAAUGCCUAGACAACAACAACAACAACAUCUUCUUUUGCCGCAACAAGGAUAUGAAGAUGGUGGCGAUGAUAGUAUAGUGCCAAGUACGCCAACUUUAUUCGUACCACGUCGAGGAGACGGAUUUGGAGAAGCUGUAAGUUCACCUCAAGUUCCCCAAGGACGUUUUACUUUUGGAGAUUCGUCUGCGCCAACAACAGCAUCAUCGACUCCUUCGUUAUCAACUCCUUCUGGAUCAGCAACUCGGACGAUAUUUGGGUCAUCUAGUUCUGGUGUAGCACAAGUAAUUCAAGAAAGUAUGGAUGAUACGCGAAUGGAUCUUGUUCAAUUAGAAGAUGGUGGUACUGGUCGUAGUGUACCUACUACUCCUUUACAAGUUUCACCAGCAGCUGAUUUACCACCUUCGACAAGUAGUGGACCUACAGAAGAACAGGAAACUCCAGUUUCAGUAACACCGGUAUCAGUAACGGGUACUACUGAUGUUAGUGAGGAGCCUACAAUACCAAGUAUUCGUGUACUUGGUGUUGACGAUCAACAACAUAAUCAAACUGAAAUGAUUACAGAAUCUAUUAGCACGACGCCGACUGAAGGUAUGAGCUCAGAAGGUGAAAAACGUACAGAUGAAACUGGUCCUUUAAUCUCUGGAGAUGAUGAUGCAGUAGAUACAGGCGAAGGAACUGAAGAACCAGUAAGUGAUAUAGUGGAAGAUGAAGUAGAAGAAAGUCGUGAAGCGGAAGCAUCUCCGUCCAGUAAUACUCGGCAAAGGGCAAUGGCAGCAGCUAAUGCCGCAGCUGCAGCAAAUGGUGCUAGAGGAGCUACGGCACGACGGUCGGCAAGAUCGCAAGAUCGAUUUAGAACGCGUGGUAGUCGACCUACACCUAUUGUAUGGGAAAGUCAACAACCUGGCGGUAGAGGGCAAAACGUAAUGCGAGGACACGCAACAAGGGGAGCAAAUAGUGAAACAGGAAGAGGACGUGGAACAAGAGGCCGGCGAAUGCGAUCUAAAUAUUCUUAUGCGCGAUUCUAAAAUUAAAUAAUUUUGUAUACGAACUCAUGCGGAAACUUUGACGUUGUUGUCUUUGCAAACGAACGGUGUAAGAAAUGUUGACUAUUAAUAUAUCGACUUUCAAGACAAGGAUACUUUUACUUAGCAUUAAACAAUAUGUUUGUUGUACAGAUACAUUUGUCGAUGUAACAUUUGUUAUACCUAAACUUAGAUGAAACUAUGAUAUAAGUCUUAUAAUGGCAGUAUAUAUCUACCUUUUCAAAUGGGAACUAUGUGAAAUUAAAAACGUAAUGUCGAUUUCUAAUUCUUCGGAAUCUAAAGUAACAUUCCUUUGUUGAGGCUAAGAAAUUAAAUUAAAACUAAACAGCAUUUAAGGUGUUUUGUUUAUAUAUUCUUGGAACUGAUUUUUAUAUAAUUAUUAUUCAAAUUUCAUAUAAUGUUGAUAUGGUUCAUAGUACAAAUGUAUUUAUGCAAAAUAUUUUGUACAAGACGUAUAUCAUGAAUUCAUGUGUUGAGUUUCAUAAAUUACACAAUGUUCGUCAUAAAUAUUUUAUUAAAAAUGUUCGACAAGACA